AUGGCUGAUUAUUCAUUUAAUGAUAACAGUUUAAGUCAAAGUUAUGGAGAAGUUAAUCAACUUGGUGGUGUUUUUGUCAAUGGACGACCAUUACCAACUCCAAUACGUUUACAAAUUGUUCAAAUGGCUAAUUCAGGAACACGUCCAUGUGAUAUUAGUCGUCGUUUAAAAGUUUCACAUGGAUGUGUUAGUAAAAUUCUUGCUCGUUAUCAUGAAACAGGUUCUGUAUUACCAGGUGCUAUUGGUGGUAGUAAACCACGUGUAACAACACCACGUGUUGUUGGUCGUAUACGUGAUUAUAAAGUUAAAGAUCCUGGUAUGUUUGCAUGGGAAAUACGUGAAAAAUUAUUAUUAGAUAAUGUAUGCGAUAAAUUUAAUGUACCAUCAGUAUCAUCAAUUUCACGUAUUUUACGUAAUAAAAUUGGUCCAUUAUCACAACCAUGUCAUGGUAUAGGAGAAGGGAAUAGUGAACAUAGUGAUUCAAAUUCUUCUCCACCUGUUUCAUCAACAUCAUCAUCAUUUGUAUCGACUACAAUGCCGUCAUCUACAAUAUCAAUAACAAAACAUGAUCUUUCACCCGUUAAUACACCAUCAACAUUGUCAUCAUCUGCAUCAAUAUGUAAAAUUGAACCACCAACAUGGUUACCUUAUGAUCAAUCAUCAACAUCAUAUCAUCAUCAUAAUCAUCAUCGUUAUCUUUAUCCAACUGUAACAUUUCAACAACAAUUUGAAUCAGCUAUGAAAUCACCAUAUACAGGAGGAAAUUCUAUUGUAUCAAAUUCAGAAAGUCCAUUUUCACAUACACCUUAUUAUUAUCAACAAAAUUAUCAUCAUCCUUAUCAUCAACAAAAUACAUCUAUUAAUAAUACAACAAAUUAUGCAUCAAUUUUUAAUCCUUUUCCUUAUACACAAACAAGUAAUUUUGCUGUUGCAACACCAUAUUAUUCAUCGUCUUAUGGUUUACCAUUGACACCACAAACUUCGUAA